AUGCUUUCCAGUUUGCAACAUGUGCAACUGACUCUUGUCAACACUGGUUUUAUCCCACCUAGCAAAAUUCCGGUACAGUACAAAGCGUGGCGUCGUGCACAGUGA